CUGGAUCGGCCAUGACGGUGGAACAAAAUGUCCUGCAGCAGCACUCACAGAAGCAUCAACAGACACUACUGAACCAAUUGAGGGAAGUCACUGGUACCAAUGACAUACAGUUAUUGCAACAAGCUUUACAGGCAAGUAAUGGGGAUCUUGCAGAAGCCGUUUCUUUCCUGACAGAGAAGAAUGCCAAAGCACCACAACAGGAAGAAGCCUACUUUCACACAGGACAAACCAGCAAUGAUCGUUACAUCAGUGUGGGAAGCCAGGCUGACACAAAUGUUAUUGACCUUACGGGAGAUGACAAAGAUGACUUACAGAGAGCAAUCGCUUUGAGCUUGGAGGAGUCGAACCGAGCAUUCAGGGAGACUGGUAUAACGGACGAAGAGCAAGCCAUUAGCAGAGUGUUGGAAGCCAGUAUCGCAGAAAACAAGGCAAGCUUGAAAAGGACGCAAGGGGAGGUAUGGAGUGACUCGAUAAAUCCGUACGAUCGGAAGCGACAGGAGAGCUGUCCUGUUGGGUUGAAGAAUGUAGGAAACACCUGCUGGUUCAGUGCUGUCAUUCAGUCCCUCUUUAAUCUGCUUGAGUUUCGGAGACUUGUCCUGAACUAUGUCCCGCCAUCUGAUCCUCAGGAUGUACCUCAAAAUCAAAAGGAGCGACGGAAUCUUCCUUUUAUGCGUGAAUUAAGACAGCUGUUUGCUUUAAUGGUUAGCUCCAAACGGAAAUAUGUGGAUCCCUCAAGAGCUGUGGAAAUAUUAAAGGAUACUUUCAAAUCGAAUGACUUGCAGCAGCAAGAUGUGAGUGAGUUUACACAUAAGCUUUUGGAUUGGUUAGAGGAUGCCUUUCAAGUGAAAACUGAAGAAGAGAGGGAUGGUGAAAAACCAAAGAACCCAAUGGUAGAGCUCUUCUAUGGACGGUUCCUGGCUGUGGGGAUGCAUGAAGGGAAAAAGUUUGAGAAUUCGGAGAUGUUUGGACAGUACCCAUUGCAGGUGAAUGGAUUUAAGGAUCUUCAUGAGUGCUUAGAGGCUGCAAUGGUUGAAGGCGAGAUCGAGUCGUUGCAGGCAGAAAACUCCACCAAUUCCGCAAAGUCUGGACAAGAGCAUUGGUUUACUGCACUUCCACCCGUCCUAACCUUCGAACUUUCCAGAUUUGAGUUUAACCAAGCUCUGGGAAGGCCCGAGAAGAUCCAUCACAAAUUGGAAUUUCCAUCUGUCUUAUACAUGGACAGGUACAUGGACAAAAACCGAGAAAUCACCAGGAUCAAACGGGAAGAGAUACGAAGGCUGAAAGACCACCUUACAGUGUUACAGCAACGAUUGGAAAGGUAUUUAAGCUACGGUUCUGGUCCCAAGCGAUUCCCGCUGGCUGAUGUUCUCCAGUAUGCCUUGGAGUUUGCCUCUAGUAAGCCUGUGUGCACAUCACCAGUGGAUGAUGUUGAAACUACUCCCCCUAGUAGCAUCACAGCGCCUCAGACGACAGUCAGGCAAGAGAGCCCGAUGGAUCAAGGACCCUUGGCCGCCACAGAUGCUCCCUGCACACCACCUCUUCAACGGCCUGUCGUUCACAAACCCUUCACGCAAUCGAGGGUCCCACCAGAAAUUCCCAUGCAUCCUGCACCACGCCACAUCACAGAGGACGAGUUGAGGGUGUUGGAGGGUUGUCUACAUCGCUGGAGGAUGGAGGUGGAGAAUGACACUAGAGAUUUACAAGAGAGCAUCGCCAGGCUUCACCGCACAAUUGAUCUGAUGUACACUGACAAGACGAUGAUGCAGGUUCCUUACCGACUACAUGCAGUCUUGGUGCACGAAGGGCAGGCUAAUGCUGGGCAUUACUGGGCCUACAUCCAUGAUCACCACCAAGAGAGGUGGAUGAAAUACAACGACAUAGCUGUUACCAAAUCCUCCUGGGAGGAGCUAGAACGCGAUUCCUUUGGAGGUUACAGAAACGCUAGUGCAUAUUGUUUAAUGUACAUAAACGACACGGAGCGAUACUUAAUAGAAGAGGAGUUCGAUAAGGAAACUGGUCAGGUAUUGACUGGAAUGAACACCUUGCCGCGUGAUUUGAAAGAGUAUGUGAGGGAUGACAACCGAAAGUUUGAGAAGGAGUUGCAAGAGUGGGACGCACAACAGGAGAAAAAAGCCCAACAGGAAAAGAUGGAGAUACACACUACCCAGAGAGAACCCCAUGGAGCAUCUACCUCAGGAAAAGAAUUGGAAUACCUAGAGCAACCUUCGGCAAAAGAUCUCUCUAAAGUUUGUGAAGGAGAUACUGCAAGGAUGGUCACCAAAGCUGCCACAGAGUAUGACGACCGGGGUCCAGAGGCUGCGCUGCAAGCGGUCAUGCUGACCCCAACCAUGCAAGGUAUUAUCAUGGCUAUAGGUAAAGCCAGGAAUGUGUAUGACAGACAUGGUCCUGAGGCUGGUUUCUUCAAGGCUUUCACAGCAGAGUACUCCCGUUUGGUCAGGCUGGCCCAGGAAGAUACCACGCUGGAGAACGAUAACCGGUUAAAACAUGUGGUCGUCUAUUUCCUACACAAUGAGGCACCAAAGAAAAUUAUCGAGAGGACACUCUUGGAACAGUUUGCCGAUCGGAAUCUCAAUUUUGACGAACGAUGUCGCAGUGUAAUGAAAAUAGCACGGGCCAAACUUGAGCUGAUCAAACCUAAAGAGGUCAACAUGGAGGAGUACGAGAAAUGGCACCAUGAAUACCGAACAUUUCGAGAAAUUACCAUUUGUAUUAUGAUUGGCCUGGAGCUAUUCCAAAAGAAAAGUUACAAUGAAGCCUUGAUGUACCUUAUCCAUGCUUACCAAUAUAACAAAGAGCUGCUGUCCAAAGGGAUUUACAGAGGGCACGAUGAAGAGUUAAUGUCACACUACAGGCGCGAGUGUUUACUGAAAUUGAACGAGCAUGCUGCGGCUCUGUUUGAGUCUGGAGAUGACCAGGACGUAGAGGAAGGACUCACCACCAUGAAUGAGUUGGUCGUUCCCUGUCUGCCGCUGUUAUUGGUGGAUGAAAUGGAAGAGAAAGACAUUGUGGCUGUAGAAGACAUGAGGAACCGAUGGUGUUCAUACUUGGGGCAAGAAAUGGAACCCAACCUGCAAGAGAAGCUGACCGACUUCCUGCCAAAGCUGCUGGACUGCUCGACUGAGAUCAAAGCUUUCCGUGAACCACCGAAGCUCCCUUCCUUCUCCACGCACGAACUUUGUGAGCGCUUUGCUCGUGUGAUGGCGUCUCUCAGUCGAACCCCCGCAGACGGCAGAUGAAAAGAAACACAGAGUAUCUUUUUUCUUCUCUCUUUUUCGGGGAGCACGUUACAACCAACAAGGACUUCUUUCAUUUAAGUCUUUUUUGUUCUUUCCGUUCUGAGAUAUAACCCUCGCCUUCCCGUCACAGAGUUUGCUUGCUGCUGCUGCUAUAGAUUUUACCCAUUUUUAAAAAAAUAAAAUAAAAAAUUAACUUAACCGCAACCAAGGCGUCUAUUACCAUGAAUGAAAUUUUAAACGGCAAGACUGACAGUGGACACAGCUCAGUGUGCAUGAUGCUUUGGACCUGGUCGGAGGAAAUGGUGACGUUGGAGGAGCGAGAGAGGAAAGAAAAGAGACUGAUGUUUAAAUUAAGAAUUGGGACGUUUUGAGGCAAGAGAUACCCCUCUUUAUCUUUUGCAUCCCUGCUCCUGCCACCAGGUUUCUGUAAGUCUGUUAACUCGCCACGCUAUCAACUUUUUUUUAGAAAAAAGAACCUCAGUUCCAGCUGAUGAAUUUUAUUCUUUCCCCAUUACUCUUAAUGACAGCCAAUAAUAUUUGGAGGUGUGGGUGCCGACUUUCCCAGCAUUCCCUCUACCCCCCCCAAACCCCUCUGUUCCCCCCAGAAAAUGACGUCAUGAGGCUUGUUAAGGAACUGAAAGAAUAAAGUUUUAUUUAUGGCUAUUUUUUGAUGUAAUGACAAAA